AUGACGAAGCAGUGCAAAGGCCUCAAAUUCUUAGAUCAGCGUGGCUGCUGGGACGUUGAUGAUAAGAUUUUGCAAGAGAAGUAUCCUGGGCUAAAAAUCCUCGGCCCCCGCAUGGAGAACUGCUAUUGGAAGGUAUUUUUCGCCCCUGGCCGAGAUGGCCGGAAUCCGUUUUUCUCGGCGGAAAUUCAAAACGCAGAUGAGAACAGCUUCUGGGAUGAGUGCUCGGAUGAUGACUCCAUCUAUUCAUGGGAAGAUUUCACAGACGAUGACUACUUCGCCAUCGGGAGUGACAACGAGGCCAUAUGGGACGACGAUCACGCUCUCGAAGGACUAGAAGUUAGAUUCUACGGUGGUGUAUUCGGCGAAGGCUUCGCUGGUUUGGACUGGCCAGAAUCUCCAUGA